AUGUUACGGAGAUUCCCUGUCAAUCAAUUGAAACGUUGCUCGUUGAACCACAUCAGACUUGCUUCGUCAUUAUCGUUGGUGGAGUAUUCCGACGACCAGAUCUCAAUCAUGCUUAAUCACCACCUUCUCCACUUCAAGACAGCGUUUUUAAGGGAUGCAUGUCAAGACCCCAGCUCAGUUGAUCCAUAUAAUAAGCAGAAAUUGUUUAGUACUACUGAAGCCGUCACUGGAUUGAAAGUUGAAGCUCCUCCCAAGGUUAUCGAAGAUUCCGUCACAAAAGAGUUGAAGCUAUGUGUGGAUUGGAAUACUAAUGGAGUCACCAAGAGCUCCGAAUACCCAAUUUCGCUCUUGGAGAAGUACUCUACCAAAGCAUCGAGACGUGCUGGCAAGUUUUUCGACAAGGAACGUAAAUUAUGGGAUAGACAAGAGAUUGAAUCUAACUUGUCACAGUUGGAAGUUGACUAUGCUGACUUCAUUAGUAAUCAAGAUGCCCUUAGCAAAACAUUGCACAAUUUGAACAAGUAUGGUCUCACCUUUGUCAAUAACAUUCCUGAGCCACAACUUGAAUCCAUGAAUGAAGACAAUGCGUAUGAAUGGCCCGUGGCAAAAUUGGCAUCGAGAUUUGGCUACAUCAAGAAGACAUUCUAUGGAACAUUGUUUGAUGUCAAGAAUGAAAACACCGAUGCAAAGAACAUCGCCAACACUAAUGUUUACUUGCCGUUGCAUAUGGACUUGUUGUACUAUGAAUCUCCUCCAGGCUUGCAAUUGUUGCACUUUAUCAAGAAUUCCACCAUCGGUGGUGAAAGUGUGUUUUGUGACUCAUACUUGGCUGCCCAACGCGUGAAGGAACUUGACCCAGAAGCAUAUAAAGCGUUGACAGAGAUUCCUAUCACAUUCCAUUAUGAUAACAAUAAUGAAUACUACUAUUACAGAAGACCCUUGAUUAUUGAAGAUCCCGAUAUUGCUGCCGUAACCAAAGAUUUCCCGCCUAUUGAUGUGGUUAAUUAUGCCCCACCUUUCCAGGGGCCUUUGGAAGUCGGGAUCUCCACCCGUGAAGAUUCUAGUGUUGAAGAAGCCAAGCAGUAUCAUAACUUUGAUGAUUUCCUUCGUGGACUUGAAAUCUUUGAAAAGACAAUCAACGAACCCGAGAACCACUUUGAAAUCAAGAUGAAGGAAGGUUCAUGUGUUAUUUUCGAAAACAGAAGAGCUUUGCAUUCAAGAAAGAGCUUCAGUGACGAGAAUGGUGGAGAUCGUUGGUUGAUGGGAACCUAUGUUGACGGAGACUCCUUUAGAUCUAAGUUAAGAGUUUCCAAGAGAAAUGAUUAA